CGUCUCUUCGUCACUGCGGUGGUAAAGUGUCAGUUAGCUCCUUCAGUCCUGACCCAGCAGAGUCUCUGUAUGUCUGGAUAAACCUCUGAAUGGACUUCUAGAGGUUCUCCUUUGGUUCUGGAUGUUGUUCCCCGGACUCAUCUCCCGCUACAAAGACAUUGAAGUUAGUUUAGCAUGCUAACAGCGCUAGUCCCAGUUUAAAGGAGAGGAAACGGGCUUUGUGACGGACUUUGUGUGGAGAAAACGUUUCUGUCGUUGGGGGGAAAUGUCUAAAGUCCAAAUGCUGAGAUGUUUCGUCAACCAGCGACUCACUGCGGCUGCGCAGGAGAUAUGUGGGCUGUUUGAAAGAACGAUAGCAGAGUACGAGGAGGAACUUUGUAGUUCUCAAGAGGAGAACGAGCGACACCGGAGACUGCUGGACGCCGUGUUCAACCCGGAAGUCCGGUUACACCGAGCAGACGAGCAGCUGUUGGUGGUGAAAGACGAGGUUCUCCCUGAGCAGCAGGACUGGAGCUUCAGUCUGGACCAGGAGGACCCAGACCCCCCUCACAUUAAAGAGGACCAGGAAGACCAGGAGGACCCAGAAACGUCACACAUUAAAGAGGAACAGGAGGACCUCUGGACCAAUCGGGAGGGAGAGCAGCUUCAAGGUCUGGAGGAGGCUGGUACCAGGUUCUCAUUCACUUCAGUGAAGAGUAAAGAUGAUGAAGAGGAAGCUCAGUCCUCUCAUCUUCAUCAAAGACUAACUGAACACAUGGAAACAGAAGCUGCUGUAGAGGACUAUGGAGGACCAGAACCAGACAGGAAGUCGGAUCCAGAUAGACCUCCAGAACCAGUUACUGGAGACUCCAGUGAGACUGAUGUCAGUGAUGACUGGAAGGAGACCAGAGAACCUCAGUCAGGUCUGAACUCUCUGACUCAUAAAGAAGAAGUUCAUGUCAGUGAUUCAAAAUGUAGUUCUGGUGAGAAACCACUCGGCUGCUCCGAAUGUGGGGAAAGAUUUCACCUCAAGGAAGAUUUAAAGAAACACACGAGACGUCACACAGGAGAGAAACGUUUCAGCUGCUCAGUCUGUCACAAAUAUUUUACACAAAGGGGAGCUUUAAAGAGACACAUGUUAAUUCACACAGGAGAGACCGUUCAGCUGCUCCAUCUGUAACAAAUAUUUUACGCAAAGGGGAGCUUUAAAGAGACACAUGUUAACUCACACAGGAGAGAAACCGUUCAGAUG